GCCAGCCAUUAAGCCGGACCAUUUAAACCCCAAAAUUGCAAACCGAAGGAUCAGGUCAAUAUUCAAUUUUAGAUCAGAGUGGUGACCGGAGAGAAAACUCGCCGGCUGGCCAGGAGGAGGAUCGAUUCACUGCAAUUCUUCUAAUCUCUCCAGCUUCUAUCGUGUCUCCGGCUACCCAAUUUCUGCCAAAAUCAUGACAACAUCAAGGCGUCUUGCAGACCGGAAGGUGGGGAGGUUUGAGAGGAAUAUCACAAAGAGAGGAGCUGUUCCAGAUACGUCCAUUAAGAAGGGGAAGGAGUAUCCCGUUGGGCCUCUGCUGCUUGGAUUCUUCAUAUUUGUUGUCAUUGGAUCAUCUCUCUUCCAGAUAAUCAGGACAGCAACAGGCGGAGGCAUGGCUUGAUGUGAUGCUCUGGUUUUGAGAUGGUGUUACAGUUUGAUGUUUUCCUCCCUUUCUUAGGCUGUAGGAUGAACACAAAGGAAAAGUCUAUUUUUUAUUUUUUUUAAGAUAGGAAUUGAUUCCGCAAGAUUUCAAGAAUUUUGAUAAUGGAAUGGUGACAGUUCUCCAUUUUCUACUUUAAAAGUGGAAAAAGUUACGAAUCAGUUGGGUUAAAGUGUAUGUAUUUGAUCAAGAGGUUAAGGGUUUGGAAUUUCUCCCCUUUACUGGUUGAACUGAAAGAAAGAGGUUUGGUUAAUA